CGCACGUGUCUCGGAGUUUUCCCGGCUAACAAAAUUGUUCGAAAAUCGUCGGAGAAUGUGCCGAUAAGAUGAAAAAUCAUAAUUAUUUUCGGUUAAAUGCGGUGUAGUGAAUUUUCCCUAAUAUCAGUUUUUCCGAUUUGUGUAGAAUUCUCGCCACGCAGCUUGCAUAUUUAAGUAUUGAAAUUUCCGAAAAAAGGGAAUUUUAAUGAAACGCCAGAGGAGCAACGGGGGGCACUGAGUUGGCAGCCGCGGACACCGCGGUCAAUCAAACGGAGUCCAGCCAGGACAAGCCACCAAUCGACGAGGACGACCAUCUGACCAGCUCAUCAUUGACACCAUGGUCACGAACAUGUCGCAGCCGCAUUAUUGUGGCACCGGCAUCGAUGAUUUCCACACAAACUACAAAUACUUCCAUGGCUACUUCUCCCUGAUUGUCUGCAUCCUGGGAACCAUUGCGAAUACCUUGAAUAUCAUUGUGCUAACCCGACGGGAGAUGCGCUCCCCCACGAAUGCCAUACUCACGGGUCUGGCCGUUGCCGAUCUGGCUGUAAUGCUGGAAUAUAUACCCUAUACGGUGCACGACUAUAUCCUCAGCAACCGAUUACCGAGGGAGGAGCAGCUCAGCUACAGCUGGGCCUGCUUCAUAAAGUUCCACUCGGUGUUCCCCCAAGUGCUGCACACCAUCUCCAUUUGGCUGACAGUGACCCUGGCCGUCUGGCGCUACAUAGCAGUGAGUUAUCCGCAGAGGAACAGGAUCUGGUGUGGAAUGCGGACUACCCUCAUCACCAUAGCCACAGCCUAUGUGGUGUGUGUCCUAGUGGUAUCACCGUGGUUGUACUUGGUUACAGCCAUAGCCAAGUUCCUGGAAACGUUGGAUGCCGAUGGCAAGACUAUCGGAUCGGUUCCUUUGAGUCAGUACAUCCUGGACUACAAUCACGAUGAGGAUGUGACCAUGCAGGUUAUGUCCAGUACGACGCCAGAUGUUUCCUGGGCGAUACCAAGUGGAUCGGGCAACGGGACAGCAGUUAGUUUGCUUAGCUUAACCACAGUGAUACCUUUAACGACUUUAAGUACGGGGAUUACUACUUCCUCGAUGGUGGGUGAGCGAAAUGUGACUGUCUAUAAGUUAUACCACAGUGCAUUGGCGCUGCACGAUCGCCAGUUCAGGAAUGCCACCUUCCUGAUAUACAGUGUUCUGAUCAAGCUGAUACCCUGCUUUGCAUUGACCAUAUUAUCUGUGAGGCUUAUUGGGGCACUAUUGGAGGCCAAGCGGAGGCGAAAGAUCCUGGCCUGCCAUGCGGCCAACGAUAUGCAGCCCAUCGUUAAUGGAAAGGUGGUCACACCCACUCAGCCCAAGAGCUGCAAGCUGCUGGAGAAGGAAAAGCAGACGGAUCGCACCACUAGGAUGCUUCUGGCGGUGCUGCUGCUCUUCCUGGUCACCGAGUUUCCACAAGGCAUUAUGGGUCUGCUGAAUGUCCUCCUUGGCGAUGCCUUCUUCCUGCAGUGUUACCUAAAGCUGAGUGACCUUAUGGACAUCUUGGCGCUUAUUAAUUCGAGCAUCAACUUCAUCCUGUACUGCUCGAUGAGCCGCCAGUUCCGGAGCACGUUUGCUUUGCUCUUCCGGCCGCGCUGGCUGGACAAAUGGUUGCCGCUGUCGCAGCAUGACGGCGAGGGGAGGGUGGGUGGUAGUGGCGGCCUUGGCGGAUAUGGCCGGCAGCGGCUGCUGCACACGGAUGCCGUCAGCAAGAGCAUGGCCAUCGAUCUCGGGCUGACGACCCAAGUGACAAAUGUGUAGCAGGAGAGCAGCGGCCGGGCGGUGAUGUCAACCGCAGCCGGCGGAGGAGGGGGAGGAGGAGGAGGAGCGGCUGCAUCGGUGGCACUGGCAGCGAAUGAAGUUGAUGGAUGUGCUGAUGCCACUGAUGCUGCUGUUUCUACUAACGACAUCAGCCUGGUCGAGAAGCUGCACUUGCAGCCAGGCCAAAAGGGGGCAGCGAUAUCCAGUGGCCAGAAUCGGAGGCGUCGCAGUGGGAGUGGCAGCAAGUGCAUCUGGCCAACCACGGAUUGGCUAAGAAAACUGCGGAACCAAAAGGCCAGGGACACUGAACCCUCCACCGAUCAGGACAUAGAGCUGGGCAGGACGGCCAUCAACCGAAGGAGUAGUGUCCUUUUAAUGGUAUUACUGAGCAGUUCCGAUGAGGUCAAAGCCAAGGCUGUUUUGGUCAGCGAGCAGCCGCCAAGUCCACCCGACGAGGAUGUGGAAGAUGCCAUCGAUGCCCUCUGGCUGUGAGAUGUCCUCUUGCAACCUCUUAUAUACCCUGUAAAUUAUCCUACUACCCACUAAUAUUUAACUACCAUGUACAGACCAAACUAAACCGAACAAAUUGCUCAGCGCUGUUUCCAAUAUUUUCCCGCCAGCGUUGUCUCUGCGGAUCGAGAGCCCCUCUGCCGAGGCUUCGCUCUGCUGGAAAAUGGAUGGGUAUUACCUACUAUAAGGACACCCGGGAAGCAGCCUGAAGUAUUUUGUGACCACACUUGAUAAGUGAUAUACUAGACUAAGCUUCGACCCAUUGAUAGUUGUGUAAGUGCUAAGCGCCUCUUCAGAUACCAAACAAAACGAAUUAGCCAUAGUCUAACUAUUGUUUAAGCAUUAACUUAAGAGAUUAAAUUUCUUUUUCUAUUGAAAUAAAUACUUAUUCGAUGGUGA